UGCGCAAAAGCAUGCGCACUUUUUCUGCGCGCACAUGACAGCCGGCAGGGACUUUUUCCUCUCUUAUAAUAAUAAUAAUAAUAAUAAUAAUAAUAAUGCUGACGUGCAUGCAUUUUUAAGCUGACUAGAGAGUGCGCUCCGUCUUAUAAAUAGACUUUUUUUCCCACCCCUUUUUUCUUUUUAAAAAGCUGCCUUUUCUUCUCUAAAAUUGGCUCCCGUACAAACAGCCGCGUUGGAUCCGUCGGCGUACUGCGAGACUCCGGUGUACAACCCGGAUCUCUGCCCCAACAUGAUCGCCGCGCAGGCCAAGCUGGUGUACCACCUCAACAAAUACUACAACGAGAAGUGCCAGUCCCGCAAGGCGGCCAUCUCCAAGAGCAUCCGCGAGGUGUGCAAGGUGGUGUCGGACGUGCUGAAGGAGGUGGAGGUGCAGGAGCCGCGCUUCAUCAGCUCGCUCAGCGAGAUGGACAACCGCUUCGAGGGCCUGGAGGUCAUCUCGCCCAACGAGUUCGAGGUGGUGCUCUACCUCAACCAGAUGGGCGUCUUCAACUUCGUGGACGACGGCUCGCUGCCGGGCUGCGCCGUGCUGAAGCUGAGCGACGGCCGCAAGCGGAGCAUGUCCCUCUGGGUGGAGUUCAUCACCGCCUCCGGCUACCUCUCGGCGCGCAAGAUCCGCUCCCGCUUCCAGACGCUGGUGGCGCAGGCGGUGGACAAGUGCAGCUACCGCGACGUGGUGAAGAUGGUGGCGGACACCAGCGAGGUGAAGCUGCGCAUCCGCGACCGCUACGUGGUGCAGAUCACGCCCGCCUUUAAGUGCACCGGCAUCUGGCCGAGGAGCGCCGCGCACUGGCCGCUGCCGCACAUCCCCUGGCCGGGGCCCAACCGGGUGGCGGAGGUCAAGGCGGAGGGCUUCAACCUCCUCUCCAAGGAGUGCUACUCGCUCAACGGCAAGCAGAGCUCGGCCGAGAGCGACGCCUGGGUGCUGCAGUUCGCCGAGGCCGAGAACCGCCUGCUGCUCGGCGGCUGCAGGAAGAAGUGCCUCUCGGUGCUGAAGACGCUGCGGGACCGCCACCUGGAGCUGCCGGGCCAGCCGCUCAACAACUACCACAUGAAGACUCUGGUCUCCUACGAGUGCGAGAAGCACCCGCGGGAGUCGGACUGGGACGAGAACUGCUUGGGGGACCGCAUGAACGGGAUUCUAUUGCAGCUCAUCUCCUGUUUGCAGUGCCGGAGGUGUCCGCACUACUUCCUGCCCAGCCUGGACCUCUUCCAGGGCAAGCCGCACUCGGCCCUGGAGAACGCCGCCAAGCAGACGUGGCGGCUGGCGAGAGAAAUAUUGACCAACCCCAAGAGCUUGGAGAAACUCUGAGGUAACAACCAGGAGACAACACAAAAAAACCCCGCUCCUAAUUCUUAUCAGGACGCAUUUUUUUUUAAUAAUCCCCCCUCCCAAAAAAAAAUGUUCCAAACACACACAUGUACAUUUAUACUGUAAAUGUCUUCAUAUUUGUGGUAACAGAUUGUGAAUGUUGUUCUGUGACACCUGUUUGGGAUAUUAAUUUAUAUAUCUAGUCUGUCCUUUUAUUCCAGUUUACAUUUUGAGUGUCAAACAUUCCAUCAAUUUACUUGAAUUUAUUUUAAUUUAAGGUACUUUUUAUUGGCUGUUGUUUUUUUGUUUUUUUUUGUUUUUUUAAUAUAUAUUAUAUAUAUAUUUCCUCUGCCGUGCUUUUUUAGUCACAAGAUUUGUUUUCUACAAAAAAAAAUGACAACCUAUAAUAAAUAUAGUAAAUAUAUAUUACGUUCAAAUUGAAAAAGAAAUGCACUUGAAAAAAAAAAACACUGGAUUAUAACAUCUGUGAUCUGUUUUGUUUUUAAUUGUCCUCACUUUAUUUAAAGAGCUAAUAAAAAACG